AUGGCCAUCCAGAUCCGAAACUUGUGUCUUCUCUUUCUCUAUAUCAUCUCUUUCCUCAUCGGUCUCCCUGCCAACCUCGUGGCCCUGCGGGCCUUCGUGGGCCGGGUGCGCCAGCCCCAGCCUGCCCCCAUCCACAUCCUGCUGCUCAGCCUGACGCUGGCCGACCUCCUGCUGCUGCUGCUGCUGCCCUUCAAGAUGAUCGAGGCUGCAUAUGACUUACACUGGCCCCUGUCCCACACAGCCUGCACCCUCACUGCCUACGGCUUCUACAGCGGCAUCUACUGCAGUACGUGGCUCCUGGCGGGCAUCAGCAUCGAGCGCUACCGCAGCGUGGCCUUCCCCAUGCAGUACAAGCUGUACCGCCGGCCAGUGUAUGGGGUGAUCGCGGCCCUGGUCGCCUGGGUCAUGUCCUUCGGCCACUGCAGCAUCGUGAUCAUCGUCCUUUCCAUGCAAAACGAAAACACGACAGUCUGUUAUGAUAACUUCACCGCCGAGCAGGAAGCUGUCUUGCUCCCCGUGCGGCUGGAGCUGUGCCUCGUCCUCUUCUUCAUCCCCAUGUCCGUCACCAUCUUCUGCUACUGGCGCUUCGUGCGGAUCAUGCUCUCCCGGCCCCACGUGGGGGCCCAGAAGCGUUGGAGAGCCGUGGCUCUGGCCGCCGUGACCCUCUUCAACUUCCUGGUCUGUUUUGGGCCUUACAAUGUGUCUCACGUGCUGGGGUACAUCCACAGUGACAGUCCAGGCUGGCGGGCGUGCGCGGUGUUCCUGGGCGCUCUCAAUGCAUGCAUCGACCCCCUGAUUUUUUAUUUCUCCUCCUCGGCGGUGCGCAAAGCCGUUAAUAGGAGGUGCCAACUGCUGCAGAGCUGGGGUGCCUCGCUGGCGGGGUGCUGGCGGAGAAGAAUCGGGGAGCCUGCAAAAAAAGAAAAUGUAAGCUUAGGGACUGCCAGUGGCAGCGUCUCAAAAGACUAGAU